GGCGCUCGACAGAAAGGGCACUGAAGACGACCAAUAGAGUUCUGGACUAAGUGGGACUAAGCGUAACAGCCGUGCAAAGUGUCCUGGGAAAUCGAGUCUUGGCCAAUCGGGGUGGGAGUUCCCCCUCUGUAGCCUUUUGUUAAGGUGGCUGGGUGUCUAUUAUGAACUGGAGGAGGUUUGCGGUGGUUCCCCCGCCCCCCCUUGCUUACCUCUCAGAUUUUCCCAUUCCUUUAGUGCCCACAUAAGUAUGUUCCUCUUUUUUCAAAAUAUAUAUUUAUCUUCCCCAUCCUGAACUGUUUUAUUAGGAACUAAGUUGGGUCAAGUUUGAGAGAAGGAUUUUUCUUGGUGUAAAGUGGAGACUCAUGGACUGUUUGAACCAAAGGGACUGUAUUAACACUUGCUCGGUCCUUGUUUUGCUGCUUUUCUUUUAAGCCACGAUGUCUUCCCAGUAUCCUCCCAAUCUCCGGAUUCGUCUUCCUGCGCUCAUUCUUCUUUUGGAAGCUGCUUUAAUCCUUAUAUUUGGCUUCUUCGUUUCUUACGACAACCGCAGUCAAAAUCUUGCAAGAGACUACCCAGUAUUUCAAGAUGUCAACCUCAUGGUGAUUUUUGGAUUUGCCUAUUUUCUGGCCUUCCUGCAGAGAUACGGCUUCAGCAGCAUCGGAUUCAACCUUCUCCUCGCUGCCCUCGGAGUACAAUGGGCCGUUCUUGUCGACGGAUUCCUCUUUCACUUCUCAGCUGGGAAAAUCAGGAUAAAUCUGCAAAGCAUUUUAACUGCCAUUAUGAGCAUCACCACAGUGUUGAUUUCAACGGGCGCAAUACUUGGCAAAGCCAAUCUCAUGCAGUUGACCUUGAUGGCUAUGGUGGAAGUGACCGUCUUCACCGUCAACAGGUGGAUGGCUGUGAAUCUUUUGCAGAUCCAGAGCCACGUCAGUGUGAUGCACGUCCACUUAUUUGGGGCCUACUUUGGCUUAAUGGUCUCCUGGACGCUCUACCACUCCUCACUGAGUCGGAAAGCUGAGAAGGAAAGAUCCAGAGCCAUCUCGAAUAUGUUUGCUGUGCUGGGUACCCUCUUUCUCUGGAUCUUCUGGCCCAGCUUCAAUUCUGCCCUGAUCACGGAAGAAGACAAGAAAUGGACUGCCAUCUACAACACCUACUUUGUGAUGGCUACAAGCACCAUUGCGGCUUUCUCUUUCUCAAUGGCAACCAGCAAAAAUGGAAAACUCAGCAUGGCUCACAUCCAGAAUGCUACACUGGCAGGUGGGGUUGCCCUUGGCUUCUCUGCUUCCGACAUCCAACAGCCUUGGAUUGCAAUGGUUUUGGGUCUGGCAGCAGGCACAAUUUCUGUCCUUGGCAUGGCCUGUUUACAGAAACGCUUGGAUCCAGCACUCAAAAUCCAUGAUACUUGUGGAGUUCUUUACACUUUCGGCUUGCCCAGUUUGCUUGGAGGGAUAAUCCACGUUAUUGUCAUCCUAACAAACCACAGCAACAAUCUCUCCGUAUUUGGUUGUUCAGCUUUAAUUGAAGUUGGUGCACUCAGCUUGAGCCUGUGCCUCAGUCUGUUCAGUGGUCUGCUUACAGGUCUGUAUCAAAAUCUCACUGCAGAGAUGGAAUUCAAUUUUUUUUUUAUUACUGGUUCUGUGGGCGUGGCUUGGUGGGCAUGGUGUGGCUUGGUGGGCAUGGCAGGGGAAGGAUACUGCAAAAUCUCCAUCCCCUCCCCACUCCAGGAGAAGGAUACUGCAAAAUCCCCAUUCCCUCCCCAGUCCUGGGGGAAGAUAUUGCAAAAUCUCCAUUCCCUCCCCACUCUGGAGCCAGCCAGGGGUGGUAUUUGCCAGUUCUCUGAACAGUUCUCAAAAUUUCCGCUACCGGUUCUCCAGAACCUGUCAGAACCUGCUGAAUAGCACCCCUGCUUUACUGUCAGUAGAACAUUAACAACAAGUGUUUUAUUGGGUCUGCAAUUGUCCUCCAAGAUUGUCCAAUUUUUAGGGGAAAAAUCACUCCUCUAAAACUAGUAUUAAAAUCUGAAUUCAGUGAAGGUAACAUAGAUCAGAUUCUUUCUGAUAAAAGGACCUGGAUUUCUUGAAAAUUCAAUUUCCAAGGAAGUUUGUCAGAUGUGGUGACGGAGAUUAAAACUACUCCCAUCCUAAACUGGUUACUGACCAGGGGGUAGGCUCUAAAUUUUUUUACUACUGGUUCUGUGGGCGUGGCUUAUUUUGUGGAUGUGGUUUGAUGGUCAUGUGACAAACAAUUCUUUAGGAUUUAGCAGAGGUAUUGGUCUACCAGGCUUUUAACUAUUUGCAGGGCCGUAGUGGUCUACCCAUUUGUUUUUGGAGUGUACUUGUCUACCACCACACUGCCUUUUACCGCUGAUCAGCUGUAGGGCGGACCUUUGAAGCGCCGCAGCAAGAGUUUAAACAGUUUUUUGCCGCUCUGCCACCACCGAGAGCAUCGGAAACCGCUUUCAGGCAGCUUGGCCUCAAUUGCCAGUCUACCACCACCGAGCAGUUUACAAGGAGCGGAUCGGUUCUAGCCGAUCAGUUGGGAGGCUUCUUGGCUUCUCAAUUUAAAGCUACGGUGUCUUGUUUUUUUUUUCUCAAGUGAGCCCUGAUUUUUUCCUUCUAGCCGAUCAGCUGGGACUCGGAAGGCAGCGAAUAUAUUUGGGGCAGGGCCAGGCAGAGGUGGUAUUUACUGGUUCUAUGAACUACUGGUUCGCAAGAACUGGGGAGAACCAGUAGAAACCCACCAAUGUUACUGUCCAGCUGAUGGAUUUCUGGAACAUUUUCACCAUGCCUUACAAUGGGGACAAGAAAGCCUGAGAUUUAAAAAAGUGGGAUGGUUCAUAAACCAAGUUUUGCACAACUGCACAUUUGUAGAGGGAACCCAGCAAACAUAUGGUUAUUUUGUUUCAAAUCCUGCCAUAUAUUUACAGAUUCUUAUCUGUAUUUUGGCAAAAAUCAUCUCUCUAAAAGGAUAUUCUAGAGUUUAAAAAAUGGCUAGGGGGAUGUUGUGGCACUAUAGUCCAGUUUUGUUUAAAUUCAAGUAAAUGACAUAUAAUUAUCUAUGGUGUAUUUUAAUUAUUUUCCAUCCUGUUACACAAGCAAAUUUAUAUUGAUGGCAACUUUUGGCAGGAUCUGGGAGUCUCCAAUGCUUGUGGAUUAGAAAACACUUUAGGGGAAAAAAAACUACAGUUCAGAUUUGGAUAAAGGGGAAACCAGAUGAAGCAAGGGACACUUGGGGAGAAUUAGAUGCAAGCUAAAAGACCCAAAAUGCAGUGAUUUGGCUGGGUAUCAUUAACAGGGAUAAACUGUAGAAACUUUUUGCAGUUGUUCAGAUUUUGAAUGCAGGCCUGGUUUCAACUUAUUUUUAUAGGUCUCAUUUUAACUUGCAAAUUAUGGAAAGCACCUCCUGUAACAAAGUACUUCGACGAUCAAGUUUAUUGGGAGGUAGGAUUAUAUU